GGCAACUCCGCGGAAGUGGGAGCGGGUACCUGUCAAAUUCAGGUCAAGCAGUCUCUGGUCAUCCCCUGCACUGUCUGCAGUCUCUUGGACAUUCCCUUACUGUCUGCAGUUCUCUGGUCAUUCCCUGCACUGUCCGCAGUCUCUGGUCAUUCAAUGCACUGUGUCCACAGUCUCUGGUCAUUCCCUGCACUGUCUGCAGUUCUCUGGUCAUUCCCUGCACUGUGUCCGCAGUCUCUGGUCAUUCCCUGCACUGUCCGCAGUCUCUGGUCAUUCCCUGCACUGUCCGCAGUCUCUGGUCAUUCCCUGCACUGUGUCCGCAGUCUCUGGUCAUUCCCUGUACUGUGUCCACAGUCUCUGGUCAUCCCCUGUACUGUGUCCGCAGUCUCUGGUCAUCCCCUGUACUGUGUCCGCAGUCUCUGGUCAUCCCCUGUACUGUGUCCGCAGUCUCUGGUCAUUCCCUGUACUGUGUCCGCAGUCUCUGGUCAUCUGCACUAUGUCCGCAGUCUCUGGUCAUCUCCUGUACUAUGUCCGCAGUCUCUGGUCAUCUCC